CAACCACAAGCAUGAACGCUAGUUGAAGACCUCGUUAGGCAAUGCAAGAUAAUGCAAAUGCCAAAUUAAAACACGUUUCAGGAUAAAUGAGCCAGCCAAUAUCGUGACGAUUAUUUUUAAUUAAUCGAGAAAGGUGGAUAUCGUUAUCGAGAUUAAAAUACGAUUAAUUAUGCAGCCCUGAUAUAAAUUAUGUAUUUUAUGAGACGAUCAUAUUAUGUUUUAAUAGAGCAGUUUUAUAGUAUUUCAACAAAUAUUCUUAUGCAAAUAAUCACUACCCACAGUCACAGAUACUUGUAUAAAAAGUGAGAUGAUCUGCUGCUGAUCCUGAAUGUCUUGUUUAAUGAGUGUUUAUAAUCUGAGACUCAUCAAUAUUAUCAGCUGAUGAAAAUCCUCUUUAUUUGUUUAUUUCUGUUAAUUGCCACAUUUAGUUCAUUUUAUUGCUGUCAACAGACUUAAGCAAACAACACGAUCAGCUAUUGUGACCUUACAAGAUAUAGAUCUCCUCCUCCUCCUUCACUGAAGCUCCUCCCACUGCAGUUCAUCAAUAAAUGCUGGAAUAUUCCCAUCAGUCUACAAGUGAAGACGAGCAUCAGAGCAUCAGGAAGAAGUGAAAUCUGCAGAGACAGAGUUUAUUGAAGGACAGAGAGAACAUGAGAGAUCCAGAACCCUGCAGAAUCAGACACACUGAAGAACAAACAGAGUUGAUUGAAGAAAACAAGGAGCAUGAAGAACUGAAUAAAGAGGAGGACAAACGUGUUAAAACUGGAGAAAAAACUUUGACUCGCUCUCAAACCAAACAGAAAGAUUUAAAGAAAAGCAGAGACAGGAAAUCUUUCACCUGCACUCAGUGUGGAAAGAGUUUGACAAGCAAACGUGGUCUUGAGGUUCACAUGAGGAUCCACACUGGAGAGAAACCAUACAAGUGUAAUCAGUGUGAGAAGAGUUUCACACAAUCAGCAAACCUUAAGAUGCACAUGCACAUCCACACUGGAGAGAAACCUUACAAGUGUUCACACUGCAACAACAGAUUCAGACAGUCAGGAGACCUGAAAUCACAUGAGAGGAUUCACACUGGAGAGAAACUGUUCACAUGUGAUCAGUGCGGGAAGAGUUUCACAGAAUCAUCAAACCUUAAAAUGCACAUGAACAUCCACACUUUAGAGAAACUGUAUGAAUGUGAUCAAUGCGGAAAAACAUUUUUGUGGGCCUCAGCACUGAAGAAUCACCUGAAAAUUCAUUCAAAGCUGAAACCACAUUCAUGUUCUUCAUGUGGAAAGAGUUUUUCACAACUGCAGAGUUUAAAACUACAUCAGAAGAUACACACUGGUGUGAGAGAUCAUAUGUGCUUUGAGUGUAAGAAGACUUUUAUUACAGCUGAUCAUUUGAAGCGGCACCUGAGGAUUCACACUGGAGAGAAACCAUAUCACUGCACUGUAUGCGGGAAGCGUUUCAAUCAAUCAUCUAAUCUACACGUUCAUAAAAAGAUUCACAGUCAGUAGAUCAUCUUCAGAUCCAACACUUUCAGGUCUGACGUUGUGUCCUCACCAAACAUGACACAAUAAUGUGUCAAGAAAUAAAGCAUCUUCUGUAUAAAUCUGUCCUAACAAAGAAACAUCAUCUAAACUCAAAGUGAAUAAAGUUCAUCUUCAAGACCA